AGUGAUUACCCCAGUCCCUAACGCGGCGCAUGCCUCCAUUUCCUUUCCUUUUUCUCCUUCUUCCUCUGCAUCCCUAGCAGCUCAGCUCGCCCAAAGCUACAGCUCCUUCUCUUUCUUAUGUAAAAUUCGAUGGAGGGCGCUUCCCUGCUGCAACAGUACCGCCGCGAUCGCCGGAAGCUUCUGGAGUUUCUGUUGUUCUCCGGCCUUGUUAAAGAAUUUCGAACUCCUUCCGGUCCCACCGCCUCUCUCACCCACGUCAAUCUCGAUGCGCUCAGCAUUGAUUAUGUUCUCGAAUGUAUUCAAUCCAGUGGAGUGAUUGAUAUUUCUAUAGCGACUAAAAAGUAUAGGGAAGAACUUCACCAUCCAAUCACGAUGCAGUCGCGCUUUGGGGAUUCAUAUUUUCUUCUUUCAGGUGCAGAAACAACUGGUUCUCCUCCUAGGCGGAUGCCACCUCCUGUCACGGCACACAACUAUAACAACAAUUAUACAUCACGUGGUUCUGAUCUCUCAGGUUCUCUUUCCAGUUAUGAGUAUGAAUUAAAACGUGCAACCUCUGAAUCAACAAGACCAGUUCCAAGGAAUCAAGUUCACAUCCUUAAAAUUGGAUUACCUACCUUACAAACAGGAUUAUCGGAUGAUGACUUGAGGGAGUCUGCUUAUGAAGUAUUCCUUGCUUGCAUGGUGUUCUCUGGUAGGAUUGAACUUCAUUUGAGUGACAAUAGAAAGAAAGAGAAGAGCUCUAGAUUUCUGGCUGGGUUGAAGAAUAAAAGGGGUAAAAGGAAUCCAAUAUCUGAUUCACCUGAUAGACAGUCAGAGCUCAUUGACAUAUUUCGCUCACAGAUGCAGAUCUCAGAAGCCAUGGACAGCCUUAUUCGACAACAUUUGGCUUCUUUCGCAACAGGGAAAACAUUGGGGCAGGUUGAUGUUCCUCAAAUCUCACUUGGACUGUUAAAUGGAAUGCUCAAGUCUGAUUUUCAGAAUGAAAAGUCAUAUAUCCAAUGGAAGAACAGACAAGCAAAUAUUCUUGAAGAACUUCUUUCUUCUGCUGAUUAUGUCAAUAAUGAAAAGCAAUCAGUUGAAGCCUUGGUUGAAAGAAUUAGAAAUUCUGAGGAUUGGGGCACUAGGGUGUCUCCCUCUGAACGCAAUAGGGUCGUAUUAGCUAUUAGGAAUAUAGCAUUGACAUUAUCAAGUAUGCCACCUAAGUAUGGCAUUCAAGGUGAAAAUUAUUAUUGGAGUGCUGGUUAUCAGUUGAACGUUAGAGUUUAUGAGAAGCUACUGCUUGGUUUAUUUGACAUUCUUGAAGAUGGCCAGCUUAUAGAGGAAGCUGCUGAAAUCCUGAUGCUCCUCAAGUCAACUUGGUCAAUGUUAGGCAUUACUCAGAAACUCCAUAAUGUGAUGUAUGCAUGGGUGCUUUUUCAACAGUUUGUUGGGACAGAGGAGGCAGUACUUUUAGAUUACUUGAUUCAUGAAAUGCGGAAAGUUCUGUCUGCUGAAGAUGAGGACCAGAAGGAAGAGAACUAUAUAGAGAGUCUAUUGUGUUUCACUACCUGCAAUGGGUGUCAAACAAGAUCAAAUUUGAUACAAUCUACUAUUUUUUCCAUUAGUCUCUGGUGUGACAGCAAGUUGCAGGAUUAUCAUCUGCAUUUUACUAAGAAACCUACUCUACUCAAGGGGGUGAUGAGCAUGGCAUUGGCAAUUGGGCCCUAUAGUUUUGAUUCAUGUGACAAGAACCAGUUCACAGAUUUUGAUGCUUCGGAUCCUACUGUUCAUAGGAAGGUCAAAGAUUAUGUUGAGAGUUCAAUAGAAGCUGCUUGCAGGAGGGUAACUGAUGCCAUAGGUCUUGGCUGUAAAAUAGAUAGGAUGCAACCUUUGGCAUUGCUUGCAAGUGAACUAAAGUUAAUUGCUGAGAAAGAAUUGACUCAAUUUUAUCCAAUUCUCCGACAAUUUAGUCCCGAAGCUGGGAUUGCUUCAGCCCUGAAAUUUCACAAAACUUUUGGUGAAAGAUUGGAACCAUUUCUCAAUGGUGUGACGUGCCUUUCUGAAGGUGUCAGGGAGGUGCUUACUGCAGCUGCUCUCUUGGAGGAUUGCUUGUUUCAGCUUUACUCUUUGGGCCAAAAAGAGAGUGGGCUACAUUCCCCAUGCAUCAAAGGAUUUGAAUAUUAUAAGAUUGGUGAAGUAGCAAGGCCAAUUAUUCUUGAUUGGAUAAUUGCUCAGCAUGCACGGAUCCUUGAAUGGACUGGUCGUGCCUUUGGUCUUGAGGAUUGGGAACCCUUGUCGUAUCAGCAAAAACAAGCAGCUUCUGCAGUAGAAGUUUUUAGGAUCAUAGAGGAGACUGUGGAUCAGUUGUUUGAGAUGAGAAUUCCAGUGGAUAUUACUCACUUACAGGCUUUACUAUCUAUAAUAUUUCACACUUUGGAUGCCUAUUUGCAAAAACUGGUUAACCAGUUAGUUGACAAGAGUAAUCUAUAUCCUCCUGCUCCUCCUUUGACUCGUUACAAAGAGACAACAUUUCCAAUAAUUAAGAGAAAAUUGACAGAAGCUGUGGUUCUUGACAAUGGAGUGAAUGAUAAGUUGAGUCACUUGACAGCAUCCAAACUUUGUGUCAGAUUGAACACCCUUCAAUAUAUACAGAGACAAAUUGCCACUCUUGAAGAUGGUAUUCGGAAGUCUUGGUCGACCAUAAAAGCUUUUAGAGAUCAGAUGUGCUCUGAAGGGAAUUUUCCCGAGUCUUCAAAUGGAAUUUCAGAUAUGUCCGAUGAGUCAAUAGAUGAGCUUUUUGCAGCCACCUUUGAUUGCAUAAGAGAUUCUGCUACUAAUGCUAUCCGAAAGACUUGCGAUUUUUUAGGUGCCAGAGUUGUGUUUUGGGAUCUCAGGGAGCCAUUUGUUUUCCAUUUGUAUCACAACAGUGUUGAAGGUGCUCGGCUGGAGAGUAUACUUCCACAGUUUGACAGUAUUCUCAAUAAUGUUUGUGGUUUGAUUGAUGAUGGACUUAGAGACCUUGCAGUUUCAAGUAUUUAUAAGUCAUCCUUGGAAGGUUAUAUUUGGGUGUUAUUGGAUGGGGGCCCUUCACGUGCAUUUUCUAACUCAGAUGUUCCAAUAAUGGAAGAAGACCUCAAUAUGUUAAAAGAUUUGUUUGUCGCUGAUGGAGAGGGGCUUCCCCGGUCAAUCGUUGAGAAGGAUUCCAAAAUUACGCAACAGAUCCUAAGCUUGUUUUCCCUCCAGGCCGACUCUGUGAUAAGAAUGUUGAUGACUUCUAGUCAGCAUAUUUCAGUAGGACAUGGUGCACACAAAAACGGAUCAAGGAAUGUAGGAGAUGCCCAGACUUUAAUGCGUGUAUUAUGUCACAUGAAGGACACGGAGGCCUCGAAGUUCUUGAAGAGGCAUUAUAACCUUCCCGCAUCUUCGGAGUACGAUGAUAGCACAUCAGAGGAGUCCGGUUUUAAUUCGCCUCUGAUGGCGGAUCUUCUAAAGCGAAGCGCAUCACUACACUUGUCUGAUAAAGGCAGCAGCAGUUUCAGAUCCAUCAAGAAAAAAUUUCACGAAGCGACAUCCGCGUGGUGAUGACUCACAACCUGUCAAUCUCGGCACUCUAGAUACGCCCGUUCGCACACUUUCCAGCUAGAGUUUUGGAAAUGGCUGGUGAGUGAUCUGCUGAUUGCAUCUGUUUGGUGCAGAGUCAAAACCCCUCUCUCUCUCUC